AUGUGGCCACCCAAUAGCCCAGUAUCAGCGUAUGGCCUCACAGCUGUGCUAUCAUCUGCUACUACUCUUCUCGCAACAGAUCCCCCAGCAAGGGCUGCUCCAUUCGUUGCAGUGGCCGAAGUUCCGACUCCAGAAACACCCCUCGCCCAGCGGAUCAAUGAGUAUGCAAAGUCACAUCUUUCUGAGCCGACAUACAAUCAUUCCCUUCGCGUUUAUCAUUUUGGGCUUGCGAUGAAGCGGUACAGGUUCCCUGAAUGGGACUUCACCGAUGAAACAUACUUCCUUGCCUGUCUGCUUCACGAUAUCGGAGCAACCCAAGAUAACUUGGAGGCCACUAAAAUGAGUUUCGAGUUCUUUGGGGGCUUGAAAGCACUGGAAGUUUUACAGAACCUACAACCUUCCUUUGUAGGAGGCUCGGUGGCAGUUGCCCCGAAAGAUCAGGCAGAGAGCGUGGCAGAAGCUAUCAUCCGACAUCAAGACUUGUGUGAAAAGGGUAAAACCACAGCGCUCGGUCAACUACUUCAGCUGGCAACAAUCUUCGACAAUGUUGGCUUAUAUGCCAAUCUCAUUCAUCCCGCCACUAUCCAAGAGGUUUCCAGCCAUUUCCCUCGUCUGAAAUGGAGUGGGUGCUUCGCUAGUACCAUUCAUGAAGAGAAUCGGCUCAAGCCUUGGGCACAUACAACGACACUUGGCGAGGAAGAAUUCCCCAAGAAGGUGCUAGAAAAUACACUGAUGGCACCAUAUGAAUGA